AUGGUGAUCCCGAGUGUUGUUAUUAGUUUUUUCGUUAUGGCGAGUAUGAAUCCGAAAACUUCACCGUUCCCAGGUGGUUUUGACCUUCGGCAUCGUCUUAAGUUCACUCAAGAGGGUUUAGAAGACGAUCUGUGGUAUGUAACGCAUCUUUCAAUGAGGUAAGAGCAUAUAUGCAUUCAGUUGCACGAACAUUUGCAAACUCUCAUGUUCUUUUGGUACAAACAAUCUCUUUGCAAAUGUUAUAAAUUAUUUUUGAUGAAAGACUGGUGCAGAGUAUAGCUUCUUUCAAGGGAUCUAUUAAAUUUCGAAAUCAGUGGAAACAUAUACAACAUAUAUAGCAUAUAAUAUAUAGAUUUAACCAAGCCUAAAAGCGGAGCUCGCAUUUUUUUUCCUGUACGUCCCAAGGGCACAACGCCUUGCGCCGGUCAGGACUAAAACCCGGGUCGUCCGCCUCGGAGCUCAGUGCACUGACCACUGGACUACUGGAGAAAGAGUGGCUUUGGCGUGCCCGCGGUACAGUUGACCACGCAUGUUAAAAGUAGCAUCUUGUACGGUCGGUCGUACGAUCGUAAGUCCAAAUUUUUUCGGCUUGAUGGUUACUACUACCAUUUUGUAUAAUUAUGGGGCUACGCUCUGUGAGCUCCACUAUUAUUAAAAUUAAUUAAUUGAUAAAUUGUUAAAUUAAUAAAAUUAAUAAAUUAUCAUUAAUAAUAAAUAAAUGAUUAAUAAAUAUUUAUAUCUGACUAGCAAAUGGGAAGUCUUAGGGCAUGCACAGGAACCCAUUGUCAUUUGUUUUUCUUAAGCAUUUUGAAAGUUCAUUUUACGUCAUAAGGGUAGCAUUAACACAAUUAUUUUUUAUUAUUUUCCAUACUCCAAACAUUUAUAUUCCGCUGUUUUCCUUAGCUUGUUUCUAUCUUUUCCACAAUGUUUGAUAGGGCUUUUAUAUAUUACAAUUUCAGCCCAAAACAAGACGUGUUUGCAGUUGGAGGUAACAAGAGUGUAGAUAAGUUUAUUGUUUUUAUGUUUUUAUAGUUAUCUCAAGCUGAGAUCCAGACCUGAGUGCCAGCCUGACUAAGACCUUAUUUCAUAAAAAUUUAUUUAGUUAUGUAUUUUAACAUUCAUGUGGAUUAAUUAGUUUUAAUUUUAAUACCUAUUCAUAGGACCACAGGGCUCUAUUAAGCUUUUAAACAUGGACACCCUUCUUUAUGUUGCAGAUUUUAAAGGUGAAGUUUUGAUCUCAUUAUUAAAUGGAUGUUCAAUUAAUAUAAUAAAUACUUUAUGUUAAUGAAUUUUCACUGUGCCUAUAGAGAGGCUGUCCUAAUAGAAAAACACAAAAGUCCUAAUGUUUCUUUUGACCAGCAGUGACUGAACAGAUGGGGGUUGGAUAGAUUUUCCUUUUAAUCCUAUUUUGAGUUUGGUUCUUUAUAGUCUACACAUAUUUGUUUAAACUCUUAUACAGCUUUCAAAAUAUAUGAAACAAAGAAAUUUUAAGUGGUUGGCUUGAUAUCUUAGGAAAAUUGGAAAAACUAGAGCAUACUUUAAAUAACUCACCCAGAUGAUUUCUAUUGAAGCAUAAGAUAGAGAAAUUUUUACAUCAUUGUAUAUUUCACUUUUAAUUAACAGCUCAUUCUGCAAGGAUUACAGGUUUAGAAUAUUGUCAUAGUAAUGAACACUGCUUCUGGUCCACAUCCAUGGAUACUGCGCUUAGGUUUGUAAAUUAAUCAUUAUAUCAGCUCUAAAGGGAUGCUUACAUGCACAGGCAUGAUUAAAGACUUUUGUAAUGGAAAAUUUUUGUGAUUGUGCAAUGCUCCUUCUUAAAAAUUUCUGUUGAAAAAAUGAGAAAGUAACUGAUGAUUUACAAUAAAUGGCUUCUGAUUACAGUCACAAUCUUCCACUUAUGUCAUUGUUUGAAAGGUUUGAUAUUUACUACAAAAGUUGUUGCAACCCCAGAUUCAAUUUUGAAGUACUCGUAGUUGAGACACUGAAUUUUUGGAUGGCUGAUUGCUUCCCCCAUAAUGAUGAAUUAUUUUAACUCUCACUUUUUUUGUGAUUUUGUUUUUAUUUAAUAAUUAGUUACUGGGAUUCAAGAAAGGCAUUUAAAGCACCAGUUUACAGGAUCCUGAGUAUGUUAUAAAAUUAUCUUUGCAUGAUUAUUAUUACAGGGUAUUUACCGGUAAUCAUUUUUGAUGAGAAUCCUACAUUCCACAAUGUAAUCUUUUUUACAAGAUCUUGUUAUUUAUUUCUUGAGAAUUUCCUUCUGACUUAGUACAGGAAGCAACUAUACAUUCUUGCAGUAUGUUGUUAUUCUUUGAUGGGAUUUAGCUUAUCGAAGUUUCCAGAGCCCCAGGCUUUCACCAUAACAAUUGUUUCCAGUACCAUGCUGUAACAUGUUCACAAAAUAAUGGAACCCAAAAAAAGUUUCUCGUUGACACAUUCAGCCCUAUUGUUUAAAAUUUAAGUGAAAGGUGUUUUCUUGCUCUGAUUUUUAGUCAAGAAAUUCUUCAGUUUUGAAUCUGCAUAUUUAUUAAGUUAGGUCAGUUGUCUAAGUUCUCUCUUGUUUGCCAUCUUGUAUCAUUCCCAUAGUGCAUUGCAUGUUACCAGAGUUGGUGGCCCUCAUGUUCAACAAUCAAUAUGGUGUCAAAAGACUUUGACUAUUUUUGUUAUAAAAGUAUCCAGGUUCCAUUUUGAUGUACUUUAAACAACAAGUAAUCAUCCUGUCUCCUGAAUUCAAAGAUAUUAAUGAUGGGUUCCCCAUGAAUUUUCACAGAGCCAAAAAAUAGUUACAGAUGGGUUCCCAUGGUCUUUAGGCACAAAACCUAAAAAUUGUUCUCAAUGGGAUUUGAAAUCCUAGGGUUUGGUUUCUAGAGCAUGAAGCUACUAGGAGUAUAUUAAUUACUUUCACCUGGAUGGGAAAAAACCUUUUAUAAGGUUACCCCUUGGCUUUUUAUAGGCUUCUCUGACAAUAGGCCAUUUUACAGUUGUGUACUUAAAGUUGCCAAGCCUUUGAAUUUGAAGGUGACCUUGUUGUGAUAGAUACCAGUAUCUAGUUAGAAUCCUAACAAAGAAAUUUACAUUUGAAAAGCAGCAAGGUUUGUAUCAUAACAAGGUCAACCUUAGCUUUACUCCUAUUCAAAGGCUUGGCAACCAAGCACAUAACUGUAAAAUGGACUAUUAGCUGAUAUCCUUUUAUACUCCUGGGUGGAGAGAGGCACUGUGAAAGUCUUUAAACCCUUCAACUCCCAAGAUCUGAUUGUUAAUUCUCCCCUCUAGUUGCUACACAUUUCCUUGUAAAUUGGUUACAAGAAUUUGGUGUUUGAUCAAGAUAAUAUCUUCUUCCUGAUAAGUUUGAGUAUUCUCAUUGCCUGUUUGCUGGAUAGUCUAUGGAUACUAUAGGGAAAGUAACAUGUUGAUCACUUCUAAGAGGUAAAGGGUCAAACCCAGAGCUCUUGACUUGGAGUCAAGGGCACCAACCUUAAGGUUACUGCAUUUGUCUGGUAGGUGGGGUUACCCACUGUUCUUAUGAUCCCUCCAAAUGAUUUUCUCAUGAUCAUGUUUGUAUAAUUCUAGGGAUAAGCUGCCUAUCAGUAAUUGGUGGACUUGGUUCCCCUACCUCCAUGUAAUCAGGCUCAGAAUGCUUUUAAUGAUACUGAAUUUUCAUUUCCUUCAGGCCCAAACAACUGCUCUUUUACUGCUUGUGGUUUGAAUUGUUCAGAUGAAAUUGUUGCAGCUGCUACAGAGCCUUAUGGUGAAGAUGUUUGUCUCUACCUCUGGUAAGAUCCUACUCAUCAGCAAAAAUGUAUUUCUUUAGAUGAAUAAGACCUCAUCAAGACAUAUAAUAUUCUCUCUAAACCCUUUACACCCUAACAUCAAUAUGCAUAUUCUCAACACACCUUUCCAUACAGCUCUUAUGGUGCUGACUAGGAGUAUUUGUUUAACAGUCAAGAGCUGUUGAUGAUCAUUUCCUUUCAUCUCAUGACUUUGAUGUGUGAUUCAGGGGUGAUGUUGUUAGGAGAAAUUAGAUUCUAGUCACUCUUUGUGGUCAAAGGGUUCAGAGGUGUGAGGUUUAUGCUUAUUUUCACCCCCACUCCCCCACUUUCUUAAAAUUUAAAUGCUCAGAAUUGAGUUCUUAUGGACUUUUUUUUAAUUUCCACUAAAGCGAAAAUUAUUGACCCAACAACAGAUGAACAAUCUUAUCUUACAGCAGUUCUGUACAUUCCCUCCUCUUUUAAAUUCCUGGAUGAGUAACUAUUGGUAUUGAUUGAAUUAUAUGAAUCAGCUUUUGCUAUAAGUCCUAGUGAGGCAUGUGUUGCAAGACAAAUCAUGUAGUUUGAGUUUACCUGGGCACUGAGAUGCAUUCUCUGGGUGGAAAGUAAGUGUUAUCUCAAAUGACACGAAGUGUUAUCUCAAAUGACACGAAGUGUUAUCUCAAAUGACAUGAAAUAAAUCUUAUUUGACCUCUGAGUGACAUGUGACCAAGUGUUCCUUAAGGGUAACUGCAGUUACUGUUGGUAAUAGCAGAGAGUUAAGCCCAGUUAAAGAACUUGGGCUUUGCCAUGGCUUGAAUUCAUUCCUUCUAGAUGCCCUUUGGGUGCUACCACCAACUGAGCUAUGGAACCUCAAAGUUGGGAUUGAGAAAAAGUUUAAUGAAUGCCUUUUUUUUAAAAUUCUGAUUUCUUAGUAACUUACUGUCAAUUUCAGCACACGCAUUAAAGCAAAACACCAAGCCAAUUUCCAAAGAGAAAAGGUCACAACAAGCAGAACUGUUCAUCACUGGAAACUGAAAAUUAUUGUGUGAAACAUGGUAUAAAUAAUGAUUAAGUGACAAAAAUUGUUCCAUAUUUGCUCUGGCACUAAUGCAUACUCAUCAACUAAGCGCUUUAGUGACUAAGCAAUUUGCAACAAAGCAGAUGCUUCUUGCUAAACCAACCCAAUAGUGCAGUUUCGUUGAAAAUUUCUGCACAAAAUUGUGGAUUCAAUGAUAUCAGUCUCUGAAUUUGGUAAGGUAUGGACCAAAUGCAGUGACACUGCACAUGGUUGAUACAGGUUUCCCUUACAGAUUAUUUUGCUCUCUUUGGGAUGUUUGGUUGUUAAGUUAUUAAUUUUUGAUGAGUGAAGGGCAUGGUAGUGGUCUGUGGCUUGGGUCAGGUUGUCAAAACAUGUUGCUGCUGCUGAUAAUGGUCCUCUGCAGGACUAAUCCCUCACCCAUGCAAUCAGACUUUGUGAUCAUGAAUAAUCUUAGGAAAGCACAAGAGGUGUCUUAUGAUGAACGAGAAAGGGGCUGUACAAUAUUCCUAUCCUUACAUGCUUUGGGACUUGUCAUAAUCCUUUUUAUUAUUUACUGGUGGUGACCAUGGAAUAUUCAUGUAAUGCUGAUGAAGCACAUAUUUUUGUGUAUUAAGGAAAAGAUCAAGUCAAGAUGAUAUGUUUACCAACAAUUCAUUUAUUCUUUCCAUAGGGAUAUUAGACAACUUAAUGCUGAAAAGUUGCUGCAGACUCACAUGGAUAUGUACACAGACUCACAUAAUAGUGAAAUUACUCAGGUAUCACUGUAGCCUGUAGGGAUGGUGAUUUAUCUCUUGAGCUUUUCUCUCACAGUGCCUCUCUCUGCCCAAGGGUAUAAAUAUUUAUAAUAAAAACUAUUAAAUAAAUAACUAUUUGUAUUCAGGAAGGUUUCUAGUUAAAGCCCUCCUCAGUUGUCUGUAGUUGAAAAUCCAGUUAUACAAGGCUAUGUGCCAGAAUAACAAACUGUGUCAAAGUCCAAGGCAUAUGGUUUCAUAGAUUUAAUUUACAUGUGUGUUUACUGUUUACUAUUUACUUAAUGCAGAUCCAGUUCAGUCCACUUCAAACUCAUCAAAUGGCAACUGGCUCCACUGUAUGUACAGUUUUUGUAUUAUUUUAAAUUGAAAUAAUAAAUACUGAUGAAUAAUUAAGAAAAGCCUUAAACUAACGAUAGUUCUGAUCAAUCAGGGUUUUGGUGUGCACGAAAAGAAGACAUUGCAAGCAUUUUUGGCCAGAACUUCCAUUCCAGAUCCCAACAACGGCAUUUCAUGCUCAAAUUUGUAUUCUCUCUAUGCUUUCCUGCUUUUUGCUGACCAAAAAGAAAAGGAAAUUGUAUUAAGACUUCUCUAUACUCCUCUACUAAUGGAAAUUUAACUGCUUUUGUUGUCACUGAUGAUUACAACCUAACAUCAGUAUGUAUAUUCUCCAUACUGUCCUAUGAUGCUGACAAGGAGAUUUUCUUUAACCCUUUAACUCCAUGAGUGACCAAGACAGUAUUUCUCCUUACAAUAUCAAUACGAUAUCAAUCAGAUGCAUGAUAAGAAUUUAAGUAAAGUUAUCAAUGAAUGGAUUAUUAGUUGAUCUCAAACCAAAUUCUCUUAGCAACAGCUACUCAAAUUCACUGAGGUACAGUAACUUACAGUACUGUAACUAUUAGAAUUGCACAGCCGAUAGUAAGGAGAAUUCCAAUGAGAUCUUGGGAGUGAAAGGGUUGGUGAUCAUUUCCUCUACUCUAGUGACCCCAAUGUUUGAUCCAGCAGUAAUAUUAUAGGGAGAAAUUAGUCACUCUUAGGGUGUUCAGGAUUAAGGAACUGCCAUAAGUUCUUUCAUCUUAUGGUGUAACUUACUUUUAUUGACGUUUUUCUACAGGAUGGUUUGAUCUGUUUAUUUGAUGUAUCUAAAGGAAAUGAAGAUGAUGCCCUGGACUCAGUACUAAACACAGGAUCCUCUGUGGUAUGUGCCUUGAUAAAUGUUUAAUCAUAAAAUGGGGUAAACAAGAGUAAGACUGCCUUUGGGUAGAUCUGAGGAAAGCCAAGAAAGCCUUAGUCUUAGAAAAUAUUAAAAUUGUGUUUUUGUUUUUUUUUAAUAUAUACUUUUGUAUCAAAGGAGUCCUACAAGCACUUGUUAACCCAUUGUUGGAAAGAGAGCCAGAGAGUGUGCACUCUCACUUCAAUAGUAAUAUUCCCUUUUUCAAAAUUCUUUGGAUUAAUCCCUCAUGUUUUUCAUGCAUGCAAAGCUCCAGUUGAUAAGGGGUCUCAAGGUCAAACAAGAUACUAGGAAGCUGCUAUGUUUGUCUCAGAAAUAAUUAAAAUUUAACAGCUCCUCACCACUUAAUUCAUAAUGCAGAAGCUACAUAUGAGAACUGAGAGAAGUGUGUAAUCUGCUGAGUGACUUAUCUUGAGCCUGCAAGAGAUUUAUCCUGUGAUCAUUAUUGAUCAUGUGCAGAUAAGCUGAGAUUAAACUGAACUAAACUGAACUGAAUUGCCAUCUUGAUUUUGUUUUGUCCAAACUUUGAGUAUUUUCGUUGUGUUGCUGUUGUUUAAACCAUGUUUCAAGCUUGUGAUUACAUCAAACUGAAUGUUUACACAAGAAACUUACAUAAAUAAGCCAGGGCAUGCUAGCUUAAUACAGUAAGAGCCUUUUCUCAUCUGGUUUGAUGUGAAAUGAGUUCACUCUUCUUUGAUGCUUUUAGUCAUGUUACCUUUUACUGAUUGAAAAAUUACAAGAAAUUUUUGGAUGAUGUUUUUGUGAUAUUUUUUUGUAAUCAAGGUUUUGCUGAUAACCCUUAGUGGGACCUUGAUUAUUCUGGAUAUCACAAAAAUGGAAUCUAAUAAUUGUUUUAUUAUACAUUGAAUGAAAAAAAAAUGGUCUGAAGAAAUUGGAACUGAUAAUUUAUUUGUGAACAUGUAAAAAUAUACAAAUCAACAAGCAACACAAAGGGCAAGAACUUGACAUGAUUACCCUUAGAAAUCGUUUAAAGCAGUCAUACAUGACAUGAUUACCUGUGAGCUUGAGUGUCCUUGACAUGAUUAUUGUACAAUCUGCAGCCAUAUGUGGAUGAUCCUGGGUGCUGGUUUCAAAAAGUCAUUGUAUGCUUUCGGCCUAUCAGAGAAGAAAUUAUAGUGAGUUGAAUGUACAGUAAUAAACUAUAUUCCUUUCCCUGCAGAGUCAAAUUGGUUAUUUUGGUCCAAAGUUGGCAGACCUCUAUUGUCUGACUCAUAUUGAGACUCUUCAGCUGUGGGAUACUGUUGAGGUACGAGUCUCUUUGGGUGUUAUUGUUUGAUAUCACUGCAUUUGGUAUGCAGUAGACUUUAUUUACGUCCAAUGUCUAUACUGAAAUGAAUGUAACAUCAUUAGCUCAAAUGUUCUUCGAACAGUUCAAACAAGUAUACACAGAACAAAUUUAAGAGAUCGUUGCAGCUAAGAACACUACUGAACUAGUAGUUGAAAAUAGGACCUGAAAAAAAUUCAGGCCCAUUUUCAACUACUAGUUCAGUAGUGUUCUUAGCUGCGAGGAUCUCUUAAAUUCGUUUCUUCACCGCGAUGCAAAUAUAUGAAUUUCAUAUAUCUAAAAUCAUUAUUCAUCACCUGGAUGGUUUAUUUGGACCCAACAUAUUGAUCAGCUCCCAGUUGGCUUGUUAGCUCAGUUGGUAGAAGGCUGCACCAGUAUUGCAGAGGUCCUGGGUUCAAAUCUUGUACGGUCCUGAAUUUUUUUCAGGUCUUAUUUUCAACUACUAGUUCAGUAGUGUUCUUAGCUGCGAGGAUCUCUUAAAUUCGUCUCUUCACCGCAGUGCAAAUAUAUGAAUUUCAUAUAUCUAAAAUCAUUAAGUAUACACAGGUUUUUCUGUAAACUUUGCAGUUUGUGCUCUACAUUUGUAAGUUGCUCGUGAAGCCCGAAGAAAGAAUUCGUAAUCGGAGAGAGUAAGUGAGAUGGUUGGGAGAACAGGAAAUUUGCAUUGUAGUUAGGUACAGUAAGAAUGUGUGCUCGUCACUGAUGUGUGUCUUUCUUUCUCAGGGUACAAUGACUACACAUUUUACCAACCCCAGGAAAGAAAAUGGGGUAAGCGUAUGACCAGCUGCUCAAGAUCAAUGCAAUAGUCUGACAAAUUUCCUUGACUUUAUUUUUACAUUUCUCUUCUUUUUUAUUCUGUGCUAUUUUCUGCUCUUUAUUAACUACCAAACCAAAGUUUUGCUUAGUGAGUUUCCAUUAAUCCGCAUAAAUGUCAACUGGUGCACAUCACUGGGCCUUUUAUUGGUUUCCAGAGCAAGAAGCAUGUGCAGUAAGAAGCCUCCCCAUGAUGAAUAUUAACCAGUUACACCCUAAUAUCAGUAUGCAUAUUCUCCAUACUGUUCUCCAUACAUUUGCUAAAGUGCUGGAAUGGAGAAUUUGUUUUAAAAACGGGAGCCUCUGUAGUUGGUGAUCAUUUCCUUCAUUAUCUUGACCUUACUGUUUGAUUCAGGGGUGAUGUUGUAACAAGGAAUUACACGCUAGUCUCUCUUAGAGGUUUAAAGGUUAACUUUUAGUUAUCGCUCAGCUGGUCAUCGUUUUUUCUCUGACAAUUCAAGGGUCCUUGUGCACACUCUUGGUUAGAGAGAGGCAACAGGAGGGUUUCUACAAAGCGCAAUGAUCAAAAUGACAAAGUCAAUAAAAGUACCUCCUAUCUCCAGCUUAGAGUAUCACUAGUUUCUAGGUUUUACGUCUACCACCAAGGGGAGAUUGGUAGAGUGGACGGAAAAAUGUUACGACUUUUUCACGUAACGACUCGAUAAAAGACCCCUCUUGUGGAAGAGCAAGGUGUGAUAACCAAGUAACCUCAAUUUAAAUGUUUGACUUCUAAUUUGCAGACUGAAGACAAUUUUGACUACUUCGUCAACUGCAUCUAUCACCCAACAGAAAAACAGUUGUACUUUGUUGGAGGCUCAAACAGGUGUGUUUGCCAGAUUUUUAUCUUCUUUACCCUAGUCACAGGAGUUUCAAUAGAAGCCGUUUACCGGUGGUCCACCGCUGUCUGUUGAGCCGGCCCUCGUGGUUGGGUUUCGAGCCGUCUCGUGUACCAUCGGCAGCCACUUAUGGAAAAAAAAAUUAUUGUCAACCCUUUAGUUUGUGUUAUAUUUUUAUGAUGGACAAUAAACAAUACCCCGAGUAUGUCAGGGGAAGAGUUGGUUUUCUCCUCUUAGUUGAGACUGUUUUAGACAGUCGCCUUUGAUUUUCAUGUUAUGUCAUCUUUGUUUCCGUUAGUGGCCGCCUUCACGUGUUUCAUGUCAAAGAUUCUGAGUUGGAGCCGGUUUGCCCUUUGAUGGGAGGACACACUUCCACCGUCAGAUGUCUUCAGUGGGAUUUCAAAGUUAGUAUUUACAAAAAAAACCGAUGGUAAAUUUCUUGCCAUUCAAAUGCACAAAAUAUUUUAAGGAAUAAAGUUUUCCUCUCUCUCAAACGUCUGCCUCUACGCUAACUGCGUUACUGAUCUCCCUCCUAUCCUGAGUAGUAAUAUUGUUUCUUUUAUUGUAAAAUUUGUGAAAGCAGUGAAAGGCGGGAAUAGCAUUGAUAAAAUGGGAUAGGGAGGAAUGGAUGUAUCAACGAGAGUUCGAACCAAUAAUCUCCUGGUAUUAAGCUUGACUCUCUUCGAAACUUGGAAGAAAUUCGCGACAGCAAGGGUCAGUGAAAGCAAGACUAUGAAAUGUUUAGGGUGGGGCCGCCUCACCAUGAAGGAGCAGCAAUAUGCGCCUUGUCCAUUCGAGCUUUGACGUAGCGAUAUGCUCUAACUCUGCGAGCAAAUUUUCCCAAGCAAAAACUUCAUGUUGCUGUGCUUUUCAAUCGUGACUUUGGGUUUCUUUUGUUUUCUCUUUUUCUUUUUCGAUUUUAGUCUGAGACCCUUUUGACCGGAGGGGAAGAUUCUAUAAUUUCCUGUUGGAGGUCUGCAAGGCCUCAGACGAGCGCGGCAGGCAAGGUGGGUAGAUUAUCGCGUUUCUCUUUCCUGAUAUGAAAAAAAGAUGGAUUACAUCAUAUUAAUUAUAUUGUGUUGGCCUAAUUAGAGCAACAAGCAUAUGGUUACGGGAGGGAAAAGGGGCUCAUUAAAUGGUGGCUGGAAAUUAUGGAAAUUUAUACUUAUAAAAGUCAAACAGGAAAUAAAAUAAUGCGAGAAGACUUUGUUACUGAAUAUUUUAUGUAAAGGUGUACCUUACGUAAAAAAACUUGCUACGUAACCGGCGAACUUGGGUCGCCAAAUUUACAAAUGUCGCCGUAAAUUUAGUCGCCGUGGUUUGGAGCACUGGUUUCACACUCUCGCAUUACUGUAAAGUUGGGCACGCCUUGAGUAUUUCUUAUAUCGCCACGUAUGUAACUUCCAGAAAUUGGCAUUUUGAUAUCUGCAUAUGAACGAAACACCUAGAUUUAUGUAUGAAACAACUGGAUUUAUUUCGCUCAAGCGCGCGCGCCAUAAAUCCGAGCGGCAACAAACCAGAUUCCGUAACUAGCAGCGCGGACUGGGGAAACGAGGUUUGUGGAAUAUAUUUUUUAUCUCUGGGUUCGACUAGAGGGGGGAGAUUAUAAUUCAAACAAGGUUUUGAAUUCAGCGGGCCGCACAGUGAACAUGGCCCGCUAAAGUAGCCAAUCAUAGCGCUCGUACAAACCAAGAGAUAUAGUUACAGUAUAGUAAUAAUUGAUUAUCAUUAAUAUACCUUUCAGAGCAAAGUAGGUUGUCAAAUAGUGGCAUAAGUUAAUCUUGAUCUCUAAUUACACAUUUUAGUAUAUUUUACAGUAUUCUUGUUGUAUAUAUUUCAGUCUGCAGACUGGCCUUCGGGAUUUGACACAAUUAACAUUACGUGUCCAUUCCGAUUAAAGGGUCUUUUUCUGUUUUAUUGGCGACUGACAUGUAUAUAUCAAGUUUGAGAGCUCUCUUUGUUAGUCUAGCAAUGAAACUCUCAAUCCACAUACUUCUUUGAAAUCAAUCUUGACGCUAAGCUUGGCAAUUAGGAAGUCCUUACUCAAGCUAAGGGUCAAAUAGGGGAUUUUUACUAUAAUCUGUAGAGGAACGUUUGGAAUAUUUAUAAAGUCCAGAUUGCGGAUUGAGGAAGGAGAUUGACCCCGGAAACAGAGGCCAAUAGUGAUCUCAAUCUGCUAUUUUCCUAAGAAGUAAUGCUUCAAGAUUCGGCCAAUAUAUCUCGACUUGCAAGUGCUAAUCUGAUGUUCCUUCCCACUUAUAUUGUGAAUAACGAUCUUUGAAUUUUUGGAUUUCCCUUUUGCUCUGUUUUAUUAAUCCGGAAAGUUUUAAAGCAAUGAAGAAAUUCCAUUCUUGGAAAGGUUUUAGUUACGUCUAAGAGGUAAGAGGAACAGAAUUUCUCAGUCGUGGUUUUCAAUUCUCUAAAUUACUUGGUAAAGUCUUCCCUUUCCUUGUAUUAGAUCCGAUAUAUGCGCGCUAUUUUUUAAUUUUCAAGCAUUAGGAAAAUCUUAUACAACUAUCCUACUAAUGCAGUUGAGCAUUUACUUCCUAAUGCUUUGACUUGUAAGGAUUUGUUUCCUUGAUAAAUGGCAAAAAACUAGAGUCAUGACUGAGCAAACUUUCCACCAGUUGACCCGCCAAAUUACCGAAUAUGUUCCCUCGCGCGCGAACUAGUCUAAUUCUGUCACGUGACACAGUUUGCACAAACUAAAACGGCGAAAUAUUUGUGUUAUUACACUGGUGAUAUUCCUCGAGUUUGAAACCUGCCCAAUAAAAUAUAAAUCUUCGUUUAAAGUCAAAUUCAAGAUUGUUUUGCUUUUGUUACAAAUGAGAAACAAACUUAUUUCAUUCGCUCUCAAAGAGCGGUUUGGUUAUAAGAGCGGAUGACAUCAACGGACAAGUACCGGGCAUAUUUUCGUGCCAAAUGGGGAACCUUUUUUUAUAGCGUCAUCCACCUAAACCUCCAAAUCAAUUGUUCCCAUACCAACUUAAAAACGCCGCAAAAAGACACUUCACAUGCUGAAGGCCGAACGGUUGUUGCACAGCAGUGCUCAUCCUCAAGCAAAGUUGUGCUUUUCGAUUCGCGUAAACUUUCCCCUCAGAGAACAAGUCUAAAAGUGGCACUAUGAUGAACUCGUGGAUAAACUGUGCUGAGUCUAAUUUGAAUACACUUCUAUUGUGCUGAAAACCAAGGGUCAUUUUUUUUCAUUUUGCCGGGUAAAAUCAAAGGUUGCAAAAUAAACCUGCUAUUUAAUUUCGAUCCGACCAAAAUUGGGAAAUGUCAGUAUUUUACAUUUUGAUCAAUUUCGCGGUACGUAUCCGACUUAAGUCCUUCCCAAUUAAUCGGCUCGCCAUCUUCAGUAAGCUGCAUGCUCUUCCUAGACUCGUAGGGCUUUUCUGAUGAGACAAAAUUUUGCAUCUCCACAUUACUCCUUCCAAUGCUUUGCACAUCCGCGACUAGAAAGGAAAACCGAAAGUUCAGUUCUCUCUCUUGCCGUGAACCUGAACCGCUUGUGCCUUAAAUUAUCGGCUGUCUCUAUCCCCUUUGUUGUUGUCGUGUUCUUUUUAACUCUGUAUUUAAAGGUACAAUUACCACUUAUACCGCUCGACGACCUGUUUAUCACUAAUUUAUUUUUUUUCUUCCCCCACUGUUAAAUUUUUGAAGGAAGAUUGUGAGCGUGUUUACAACAAAGGUUUCAGUUUGUAUUUGAACUAUUAUCAACCCAUUAUCGCUAGUAAUACUGUUAUUGUUGUACUGCGUCAUCUCAAAUUAUUUUUUUAUUCAUUCCUCGAUAUGCCGGCUGAUCGACAGACUUAGGCCUCCAUUCGCUGCAUGGUGAUUCGAGAAUUUCAUUAAAUGUAGUGUUUGGCAUAUUUUUCCCUGCUGCUUUGUCAUCUUAACCUUGGCUUUCAAACAAAUUCAAACUUAGCCCAAGGUCGUGCCAAAUGAUUUGAAAUUGCAUUAACUGAUUAUACAUAUUUUGCAUAGAUGCACUUACCGCUGCUUGUUUAAGAGUCAGAUUUCACCAGUCUGGCUGUACAAACUUAACGACAAGCUCGAAGAAAUGUUUAGAUCUGUUAACACCGGAAGGAAACAAUGUAAAGCACUUACAAGUCGAGUUUUAUUUGACGUUUUUCCGUUACAGGCUGAAUCAGGCAUGAAGGACAAAUUAAAAGUUCACGGAAACAAGCCUUACAACAAACCGGCCGGUGACGCACAAGAGACGUAACCGCGCGUGAUCUGUUGGCAGCGCUCGACAGCGCUUCUGAAGCUGUAGAGGCAAAUACCGUGUGGGAAGUCACAUCACUUUAAGGAGGAAAUACUUCGACACAUUCUAAACUGCUGAGCACUAAUGCGACUAUUUCGAGUUUGUCGCUCGAAAUCCGUUCCAAUCUUCUCCGUACCUAAACAUCGGCGUUCCUCUUUCACUCAUUCUUACUUCUUUGGUGUUUAUCUACACAAGCAAACGGCUUCUAUUUAAUAUUUUAAAGUAACUUCCUUACGAUAGUUUGAUGUCAGUAUUUUUUGCAACGUCAAAAUUACCUUUUACUGAUUGAAAUAGGAAGAAAUUCAAGUAUAGUGACUAAAUCGUUUAAAUGAACUCUGAACCGAGUCUAGGAAUCAAUCAAAAGAGAAUCACCAUGGCUGAAGAUGGAGAAGAUUGAAAAAGAUUGCAAAUGACGAAUUUGAGGAAUUAUAGAUGAAUAUUUUUAAGAUACCCAGGCCGCGACACAGCUCCCGUAAGGUUUUAAUUUAUUUAAGGGCACCUGUCCAAGACGCCAGUACGACACGAAAUUUUCCGCGAUCGUUGAUAAUGUACGCCUUGGAAGGCAACUUUUACACGUUUUUUUUAGCAUCACUCAGUUUAUUUUAGGACCCCAGAUGUAAGAAUUCAUGGUUGCAUGUUAGCAGCCGAAAACGGCUAACGGUGUGCGUGGGUAACCCGGCGAGAGUGACGCAACAGAGUCACGAUAGCGUGUGGAAAGAUAGAAUGACCACCCAGAACUAUUCAGACACUUCUGGCACAUACCGGCGAGGACUAAAACUGAGAGAGACAGUUUUGAUAAGCUUGCCAGCAGCGCCCCCCUAGAAUUAAGUUAUUAUUUUUGUUAUUAUCAUUUCCACGUGCCGCUAUUUACGUCACUCAGGCAUCACGUUCACUUCGGCAGCUCAUAGUAAGCCCCCUUAUAAGUUGGCAUCAACUACUCCUUCUCCAGAGCUCUUCAAUCCAUAGGAGUAAGUAGCAUCCAUACUAUUACUAGUGACUAAAACAUGUAGAUCACAAGGAUAAAGGAAGUCAUAAAAUAUGAAGGAGCUCUUGAUUGUUAAAAAAAUUUCCUAUGUUACUACCCAGGAAAUGUAGAGAAUGUGCAUACUGAUAGUAGGAUGUAAAAGGAACGACUCCUCUUUACACACUGUCGCCAUGAUGAUUCGAGUAUGGUAACUUUCUAUUGUGUCACUAGGUAACUCGAACUGAGAGGCAUGCGAUUUUGUCUGAAAGCACUAGUACGAUUUCAAAUCGAAAUUACAUGACACGAAAUUAUACUGUUUUUUUUAUAUAUCCAUUUUAUAAUUGUCCUUCAUCGUUAUUCGGAAUCGAUCAUCAAAUCCGUUUAUUGACAAAAGGUGCAAGCAACACUUCUCAAAUUGAUCGACUAUGAGUGUAACAGGCUUCGAAAUCUGAUUGUUUCAGUAAAAGAUGCAAUUAGAACAAGAAAUAGUGCGAUUCGUAAAUAAAUCGCACUGCUAUGAGUCAAUCAGAUUGCACGAUAAACCAGUAAUUUCAUUAUGGACUUACAUGCAUGUAUAUGAAUGUAAAAAGUUCGAGCGUUAAGGUUAUGACCAAAUGCUUCAGCUGUAAUUUCUGUACGGUUCACACGUUCAUAGGUAAUCGCAAACUUUCUCUUAAGAUAUUUUACUAAGGAGGAC